GCACCGACACGGGAAACAGGUGCUCCCCGGCCGGUGUUGCGUUGCCAUGGGUGCCGUGCGGCUAACAGGUGUCUUCGGUGCCUUCCAGGGACCCAGGGCGCCGUGUGCAGAGUCCUCACCAAAGCCGAAGGCCCGUCGGGGGCGGACACCCCCCUGGAGCUGGUGUUCCACUUACCGGCCGGCUACCCCGCGUGCCUGCCGGGCGUCUCCGUCGGCUCCGAGCGCCUGACCAGGGCCCAGUGCGCGGCCGUGAAGGACAAGCUGCUGGAGCAGGCACAGGGCUUCCUGCCGGAACCGAUGGUCCACCAGUUGGUUGUCUGGGUCCAGCAGAACCUCCGGCACCUCCUCGCCGCGCCGGGGUCGGGAGCUGGCCCUGGCACGUGCCCUGCGGCGAGCGCCACGGAGGCCGAGGGGCCGUGGAUGACCCUCCUGCACUUGGACCACAUGAGAGCGAAGACCAGAUACGUGCGGACGGUGCGGCAGUGGGCCUCCGCCCUGGGGCUGACGGGGAGGCUCAUGUUCAUGGGCAGAGUCAUCCUGCUCCUACUGCAAGGGCACAGGGACCGCGUCAAGGAGUACCUGGUGCUUCAGAAAACCUCCAAGGUCGACGUGGACUCGAGUGGGAAGAAGUGCCGAGAGAGGAUGGCCAGCGUGCUGUGGGAGGCCAGGGCGCAGCCGGGACACGCCAGGUUCCUGGCAUUUGAAGUCAAAGAGUUUUCAUCGCUGGACGAGCUGCGGAAGGAGUUUGAAACCGCGGGACUGGAGGCCCUGUUCCCCGAGUGCGUCCUCGGGCUGGUGAAGUGAAGCGGGAGACGGGGUUUGUUGUUAAACAGCUGCGUUCGUUCAUUUCUGUUGUUGGAUUUGCAUUGGAUUUUGGGGGUGGACAACUGGAAGGACUCAUAAAGGAAUGAUUGUAAAGUGUCUGUGAGGCAAAAUGGGAGAUACCAUCCUGCCUUCAGGAACAAAAGCCGAUUCUGUUCGUGGAAUAUUACACAGUAAACACAC